AUGAUCGACGUUAUAAAACCCCGCGAUGGCUGCCUCUACGAGAUCAGACAGAAGGGACAGAGGGAUCCCUGUUACGUGGUCGUCCCUGAUACAACAGAUCUGGUUAAGAGCCACUUAAUGUUCGCGGUGCGUGAGGAGGUGGAGGUCCUCAAGGAGCGCAUCGCGGAACUCAUGGAAAGGAUCAACCAGCUCGAGGUCGAGAACAGCUACCUGCGGGCCCACGCCAGCCAGGACACGCUGGCCCAGCUGCCGGCGGUCGGCUCCAAGCCUCCGCCGCAGCCGCAGGGCCCGCAGCCGCCGGUGUCGUAG